UUCAGAGGCAAAGAACAUUCUGUAAUCUGGUCAUGAGGAACGAACACAAACCAAGUUUCAGUUGGCUUCCUUCUCUAAAGCAAAGAAGAUCAGGUAUGAAAAGAUUUUGCAGUUUGCUUGAUUAUAAGGAAACGAAUACUAGCCGAGAAAUCGAGGAAAGUAGCAGUUUCUUACUUGAUUUCAAAUGCAAAGAAUUUUGGGCGGCUACAUAACGAUGCAUUUUGAAGACGAAAAAAAGAAGAAAUCUAGAAUCAAUCGGACAAAAUUGAACCCUGAUAAUGGCCGGAUUUCUUGACAGUAUGGCCGGGAAUCUGCUCGGAAGGAUCAUUGGAGCCGCUGGCCGACCAGAGUUUUGUCAUAUACGAAGCGAACUAAGAAACCUCGAAACGACUGUGUCGAAUCUCAAGUCCGGACUCCGAGACGCCGAGGAGAAGCAGGCAAGCGAUGCGGAACUCUAUGAUCUGCUUAAACAACUCAAACAUGCAUUUUCAAUGGCCGACGAUCUUCUUGAGGUAUUGGAAUGCGAUUAUUUGAAGUGGAGAGUGCAGAACAGAAAGAAUGACGUUGACAAAAAAGGAUGCCAGUUCUUUUCUUGUUUCUCGUCCAAUUUCCUCGUUUCUGCAACUAAAACUGCCGCUGAAAUCAACGAAAUCACAAAGACUUUAGAUACGAUUGAGGAAACCUUGUCUGAAUUCUCUCUGGUUGAAGAUGAAAAUGAACAUAUCAAACGUCUGAAGAGUGAAAUGAGUCUGCGGUCCUCCAUUACUGGUUCGCAAGUUUUCUCAAGGCUUCUGCAUUUGAAAAAAGAGGCGAUUCUCUCUGAUAAUUUCGACUACAUUGUUGGUAGAGAUGAAGCAAAACAGAGUAUCAUUGAUGAACUACUGAAGGAUGAAGAUGAUGAACAAAAAUCUCGGCGUAUUCUUUCAAUCCAUGGAGAUGGAGGGAUGGGAAAGACGGCUCUGGCCAAGUUAGUCUACAAUGACAACGAAGUGUUUGAUCAUUUUGACAAGAGAAUGUGGAUAUGGGUUUCUGAAGAUUUUGAUGUUCGGAGAAUCAGAAGGGAGGUUCUCAGUUCAGCAACCGGAGAAAAGGUUAGUGAUGUCCUAAGCGACUGCCGUUUACUAAUCCGGCUCAAACGGAACUUUAUCGGCAGGAAAUUCUUGCUUGUUUUGGAUGAUUUUGGGGAUUUGGAUUCCGGUAGAGUAUCAGAACUGGAAAAAUUAGUGGAGAUGGGCGCUAAUGGCAGCAAGAUCAUGAUCACCACUCGCAGUGAGCAAACUGUACAGGAUUCUGCAACAUACAAGGUUGAAAAACUCGACGAGGAGAAAUCCAUGGUUUUAUUUGAACAGACAUUUGGAAGAAAAAUCCUUACUGGAAAUAUGACCAGAAUUCACAGUGAACUCAAGAAAGAACUUGUGCCAAAAUGUGGAGGAGUUCCUUUAGCAAUCAAAUCCUUGGCGGGACUGCUUUCAUUGGAAGCGAGUUAUGGUGUCGAAUGGUUGGAUGUCACGGCCUUCAGUGAGAAAUGGAAACAGGAAGAGGUGAAGGAGGGUGGUUGCGUUCUACAUGCACUGAAACUGAGUUAUGAUCUAAUGCCAUCUUACUUAAAGCCUUGUUUUCUUUGUUUUUCGUUGUUGCCAAAAGAUUAUGUGUUCUACUCAUUUGAGAUAAUCCAGUUAUGGAUGGCGCAAGGAAUCCUUCAUUCAGAUAGCAAAGAUCCUGAGGUUGUUGGGGAGCAAUACUUCAAUGAAUUGUGGUCUCGUGGUUUACUCGAAGACGUUGAGGAGCACGCUCUUGGAUAUUGGUUCAAAAUCCAUAGCCUUGUUCAUGAUCUUGCAGUCCAACAGGCUAGUAAGGAACAACAGAACCUGGAAAGUUUGCAUCAGCUGUCAUUUGUCAACUGCAACAACAAGGAUUUGCCCCGGCCGACAUGUGAUAAAAUUUGUGUUCUUUCCAUUCCAGUGGGAGGAGGUGUGGAGCCAAAGAUCAAUGGAGUUCCUCUUUUCAAAUGCCUCACCAAUUUCAGGCAGCUAAGGGUCUUGUACUUAUGCAACUCUUCUUUGGAAGAAAUUCCAACCUCCAUCGACGCGCUGAAACAUUUGAGGUAUUUAGAUUUGCGAGGGAGCCGACGACUCAAGAGGUUGCCAGAGUCUAUUUGCAAGCUACAGAGCCUGCAGACCCUGAUACUUGCAUUCUGCUCAGAGCUUGAAGAGCUUCCCAAAGACAUAGGGAACUUGAUCAGCCUCAGAUUCUUAUGGAUACAGACAAAGCAAGCCAGCUUGGGAAAAGAUGGCAUAGGAAGCUUAACAUCGCUUCGUUUUCUCGCCAUCGGAGGGAGCAAAAGCUUGACUCGCUUGUUUGAUGAUAUUGACAGACUCAAUUCCCUUCAAACACUAAUCAUUUAUGAUUGCAAAUCGCUGCUAACAUUGCCAAAAGGCUUGGAAAGCUUGAGUACGUUGUGUAAUAUGGCACUAUGGGGGUGUGAGCAGCUGAAAUGGACAAUCUCACUGGAAUUGCUUCGUUUGAAGAAACUGAUACUCAGAGGACUUCCAUCAUUCGCCAUUUUUCCGACGUGGUUAAACAGGUUUGAUGCAGAUUUAGAAGUGCUAGAAGUUGGAGAGUUUCCCACGCUAAGAGUAUUGCCUUCCUGGCUUCCAAAUUUAUGGGAACUUCGAAUUCUUGGGAUCUCCAACUGCCCUAGAUUGGAGGGUCGUAUGCCUCUUUAUAUGGAUAAUUGUGAUAAGAUGGAGGAAUUGAGGAUCACAUUUUGUGGGAUGUUUAGCAAAAACGUUAUGAAUGAAAGCAAUCACGAAGAGUGGGGUAUCUCUCACGUCUCUACUAUUUAUGUCGACACCAGACGAACCAAUCCACGAGUAACAUCAAUAGAUGAACACGAGGCAGCAGGUGGAGCUGAAGUAAAGCAUGGAGUAGACAAUGAUGAGCAGGAGAGUGAUGCUCAACAUGUUGGAUUCAACAAUGAUGCUGGAGUUAGACCAAAACAAGAUGGUAUUGGUAGUGACAUUCAUGAAUCAAUUGGUACCCGACAGGUUAACGGAGCAGCUGAGGACGGUCGUGUUGGGGCUGGACAAACUGGACAAGGAGAACACAACCGAACUACGAACGAUGAUCAUCUUGAAGCUAACAUUGGUAGUGACAUUGGGACUGGACGACCUUUAAAUCCAGAACAUGAUAAGGCUAACAAUGAUAGUCAUGUUGGUACUGGACAAACUGUUGGAGAGAAAGUAGAUGAAGUUGGCGACGAUAGGCUAGUCGGAACCGAACAAACUUUGGGUGAUCCUAACGUCGGGACUAGACACAUCGUAAGAGCAAAACAAGAUGUAAUUACUGAUGAGAGUCAUGCUGGGGCUAAACUUGGUGGAGCAAAUGAGAAUGGCGAUGCUGAGGUGGACCGUGCGGGAUCCGAACAAACUAUGGUCAUUACAGUUGAGGGGUUCUGAGGAUGUGUUGCCAUGUAAUAUUUGUAUAUAAAUACUCCUCCACCCUACCUGAGUUUUUCAUUCUAAAAAAUACAAAGCAUGGAGUGCAAAAGUAUUAUACAUAAUAUCUUGUAAUUUUUUUUCGAUUGAUGCGAAUAAAGAGUGUGAGUGUU